AUGAGGACCAUCUUCAUGCUUCUGCUGGCUUUAGUCACAUCGACAGCGGCCUCUCGGAGAGGACACAACAUCCAGCUUGCCAAGCGGGAAAUUUUGCUGCGUUCCAAAAGAAGGUGGGUUUUGACGACAAUUGAAUUAGUUGAGGAAGACCCAGGGCCUUACCCCAAACACAUAUCUCAGAUUUUUAAUGAUAAGACAUAUCAACACAAUAAUCACAAUUACGUAAUGAGAGGAAUGGGCGUGGAUGAGGAGCCACUGGGCGUCUUCUCUCUUGACAAACGAAGCGGAAAGGUCUAUGCCCAUAAAGCCAUCGACAGAGAGAAGCACAGCUUCUUCCACAUCAAGUUUGACAUUUUGGACAGACAAACGGGCAGAGCAAUAGACAAAGAAUUAGCAUUUGAUGUAGACAUAAAAGACAUCAAUGACAAUGCGCCAAAAUUUCUCCAUCCACAAGUGAGCGUUGAUGUCAUGGAGAACACAGUGGAGGGCUACUUACCAGUUAGGGUAGAGGUCACUGACCCUGAUCAACAGAACACCCCAAACUCGACAGUUACCCUGAGUGUGAUAUCCCAGUCCCCACAAGUUCCUGAAUUUGACAUACACCAGAUUGAUUCCCGAAUGGCUCAGCUUACUUUUAAAGGGUGUUUUGACUACAAUAAAGUUAAGAAGUAUGAAAUAAUUCUUCAAGCGAAAGAUCAUGGAAAACCCUCCCUUUCAUCCACGGCUGUUGUUACUCUCAAUAUUAUUGACACCAACAGUCAUCCACCAAUGUUCGAAGCGAGGACGUAUCAUGGUGAAAUUCCAGAAAUGGUCACAAGGGAAAAUGUUUUAAGACUUGUAGUAGAGGACAAAGAUACUCCAAAAACCCCUGGCUGGCGAGCCAAAUACUUCAUCAUCAAAGGAAAUGAAGAAAACAACUACAAAAUCGAAACUGACCCUGACACUAAUGAGGGUAUUCUGAGUGUCAUCAAGGGGAAAGACUUUGAGAAAUCAGCUCUAACAAACCUGCAAAUUGGGGUAGAGAAUGAGGAGCCCCUAUUUGUGUGCAAAGAUGCAGCACCCUUGAACAAAGGUGCACCCCUAACUGAUUCAAUUAAUGUCACAAUGAAAGUGAUAGAUGUUAAUGACCCACCUCAGUUUGAGAAGGAUUCGGCUGACAUCUACGAGAAGGAAGAGGACGAGCCAGGAAAGUUGCUAUACACUCCAAAAGUUCAUGAUGUUGAUUCGGACAGAUCCAAAAUUAGGUUUGUCUUGUUAGAUGAUCCCGCCGAUUGGGUGACCAUUGAUAAAAGAACAGGACAAAUCAGAACCACUAAGAAGAUGGACAGAGAGUCACCCUUUGUUCAUGAUGAUGUUUACAAAAUACUGAUUGCUGCAAUAGAUGAUGGUGUGCCUCCAGCCACGAGCACAGGCAGCAUAUUGGUUCACCUUCUGGAUAUCAAUGACAACAAGCCAAAGCUGAGCAAUAAUAGUGUCACAAUGUGUGGAAACAAGGUCAUGCUUGCUGCAAAGGAUCUGGACUUGCAUCCUUACAGCGGACCCUUCACCAUCACACUAAAGAGUGACGAUGCAACCCGAGUGCAGCGAUGGAAAUUGGACCCUACCACAGGUGAGGAAGUUGGGCUAGUUAGUCUGAAGACACUUGCUUACGGCAAUUACUCAGUGCCCCUCAUGAUUGAAGACCAACAGGGCAUAAUUGGAGAGGAUAUUGUAGUUGUAACUGUGUGUGACUGUGAAGGAGGAGACGUGUGUCGCUAUAAACACCCGCUCUCAACAAGUCUGGGACCAGCUGCCAUUGGACUUAUCUUUGCAUCACUGCUCUUAUUUUUGUUAAUCUUAUUCAUCUUGAUAUGUGAGUGUGGAAAACAGUUUCAGCACUUGUCCGUGGUACAACAAGAUGAGGGUCACCAGACCUUAAUCAAGUACAACCAGGAAGGAGGUGGAGCCGAAUGCAAGACUGAGCCGAUGUUGCUGCUGACGUGUAAAAAGGAUUUAGCUAUGGCUGUGACAAACGGACGAAAGCAGGGAACUAUGCAGAUAUCUAAUAUGGCUCCUGUAAUGACUGAAGACUUAGACACUUAUAAACUCAGACUAUUUGCUGUCAUUCACUCUCCAUUGUCUGUAAACAAAAACCUGCACCAGGGAGGCUCAUUGAAGUAUCAGCGGGCAAGCAGCUUGGUGUCCAACCACAACAUUUCAGAUCACCUCAACAGAAGACUCAACAUGAUUGACGGAAACCCUUUGGCUCACCCAGAAUACCAACCAUAUGAGUACAUCUACGAGGGAGAGGAAAGCAGAUGUCAGUCAUUGGAUGAACUGUCUUUCAGCAUCUGUGGAGAGGAUUUUCAGUUUUUGAAUGAUUUGGGACCAAAGUUUAAGCCCUUUGGGAGCAUCUGCAACCAGAUAAUGAAGGAAAAAGGCAUACAAAUUUAAAAAGGACAACACUGGCCAAUUACUGCAUUUGUUCAAAGCAAUUACCGUCAGCUUGGUCUAAUCUCAAAGCAUAUUUUGUAAUUUCUUUCAUAACAAGUAAUUUACAAAAAUGGUAAGUAAUUAUUUCAGGAAGUAUAGUAGCUAUAUUUUGCUAUGAAAACACUGCAUUUGCCAUAACUUCUCCAUAAAGUUAUUGGGUUUGUUUGUUAAGGUUAUUUGCUCACACUUUGCUUUGAGGCAGAAAAAAAUAUUCAUUUAAAAAAAGCAUUUACAAAAUUGUAAAACUACUUACCAAAGAAUUAUUUUUUUUUUCCCAGAUUUAUUUGUACAGAUUUAUAUUGGAUUCUCCUGAAAACAGGUUGAAUUGUUUGCCUUUUUAUUUUAAUCGGGGUACCUGUCACUUUGCAUUAUUUCUAGCUUGGGAGUUUGAUUUCUUAGCGCAGUAUUAUUUUAAAACGUGUAAUUUUUUAAUAAAGGCCCAUUUUAUAAUUGUGGAAAGCACUUGCCACACCUAUUGGUUAUGUUGUGUGUUUACAGUUACUCAGCAUGCUACAGUUUAUCACAAUAUAAAAAGCGCAUUUUUUAUUUGUGCUAAUUCCUUUUGACACUGGCAUGCAACAAGCCCAGCCAAAGGAUUAUGAUAUGAAUUGCAGAAUAGGGUGAGGUCUUAGAAGAUGCACAGCUUCCAUCAUGAGCACAGCCAUGCGAGAAGGAGAAAAAGUAGAGUUGGGGUUAUCUCAUCUCACUCCAAUAACAAAAUUAAUUCAGUGCAACUGACCCAAAUCCUGAGUGGUUUCAAAAAAUAACAUCAGCAGUUGUCUGUCAAUGGUGUAGGUGUAAAAGAUACAUGUCAGAAUGAUGUCUAUGUAAUGCCUUUUGGCUAUGUGUUGUAACAAGACAUUUGAAGAGAUUUUUCUGACGAAUCCUUGUUUAAACUAUAUGGAUAAUGUCGCCAACAACUUGUAUUUUUGAUAAAAAAUAAUCAAGAAUGUUUAUUACAUUUACUUAACUUUAUAUUGACACAUUUCCUGGACUUUUUCGU